UUCUACAUUUUGAACGCGGUCGGCAAAGGAAUAAGUGAGAUUUGAAGUUUGUGUUUUAUUGUAUGUGACAGGCUAUAGUCUUUGUGAAACAGUGUCUAAUUGUGUAUUAGUGAUUCGUAAAAAAAGGAAAACAAAUACCUGGAAUUGGCAAUAAUAAUCCUAACCAAAUGAAAAAUGGAUCCAUUCACGCAGCGCAUGCUUGAAAAGGCAGAACAACGCAGUCGCGCAUUAGGAAUCUCAAGUACGGAUGCAAGUAAAUUUCCUUGCGGUGAUGCCAAUACAUCGUCUUCGUCUAUGGCUUCAAAUAUGAGUACAGGCAGCAAUAGUAUCGGCGGCAGCGGCGCUUGUGCAACAACAAUGGCGUUAGCUACACAGCAGCAACAAAAACAACAGCUGCCCUUGCAUACAAGCAGCAGUGGCGGUGGGAAUGUAAAUAAAUUAUUGCAAGUAAUCGAGAAAAGUCCAAUGGAUACUGUGGGAGCUUAUAAAAGUGGCUCCGGCACUGGUGACAAUGGUGGCGGACAUUCUCCCCGAAAGGUUUUGAGACAAUUUUCAGCAGUGGAUAAGGAGAAUAUGGAUUUGGGCAUUGAAAUCAACAUCAUGACCGACAAAAAUGUAGAGGUUCAAGUCCAAGUCGAAGAACAAGAAAUAACCGACGACGAGGAAUAUCAAAAACAUAUGGCCAGAAUUGGUCACAUUGCUGCUGAAGGCACACAACGUAGCAUAACUCAAGCACCUUCGUGUGCUGCUAAGAUACGGGAUACUUCACGCAGCCAAUUGCAACGCUUGGGUGCUUUGUAUUCAGAUAAGGAUGAUCUAUCGUCACCCAUACAUCGCACCGAGGCCCAUUUUCAUGCUGACAAUAAGGAUGAAACUGAUUUCGACGGACAUAUGCGUAAACCCAAGCAGAGGUUGGGUAAAUUGGCUGCCUUAGCAAACACCAUUAACCAAUGGGAAGAUGACAUCACACAUCAUGGUCCAACAACAGUGACAGAGGUUGCAAAAGCUGUGCCGCCACCAAAACCUGACUUGCCCAGUAGAGGGCGUACAAGAACAGACCAUGGACAUGUAAAAGAACAAGCACCACAACCUCCUCAAAUGCACAAUCCAAAAUCUCCCAAAAGUCAUGUGGCCUCGAAGUCCCCAAAAAGGCAUGUAAAAGAGCAAGCACCACAACCUCCUCAGAUACAAACAGCACCUAAAUCACCCAAGCCCCAAAUAGCUCUUAAAUCGCCUAAAUUACCCGAGAAAGAUCAGAAGACCAAACAGUUAAAAUGGGAUCCCACUGUUUUGAGUUCUUUGGAGGCUCAAGGAUUUCAACGCAGAGACUCAUCCACUGUAAAAGUUUCAUAUGAUUUUAAGCAAGACCAGGAAGCAGGUCAAGAGGUUGCUGCUUCAUCUAAACAUCCAGACAACAAUAAAGAGGAAAAGCGUGUGGUAGGAAAAUUGGAUACAAAUAAAUUCAAUGCCCUUGGAACAAAUUCUCUAGAGAAGAAUACAUCCACACAACCAAUAGACAAGAAAGUGCCAGUGGUGAAAGCAGGCAUGGUAUCAGGACGUGCAGCCGUUUUUGAGGCCCAAGUUCAGGCUAAUCAACAACAACAACAACAGAAACCUCAGAAAGACCCUACUGAGCUAAGCCUUAAAGAGCGCAUGAAAUUAUUCGAGAAGAACAAAGGUGAAGCUCUGGUGCCAAAAGCAGCAUUUGGUAUGGCACCACCGAUUAGUAAAAUCCUACAAGAUUCCCAUCAUAAAAAAGAGGAUCAUGCUAAGGCACACUCAUCAUGCAAUGUAAUUAGUGCUUCAACUUCAAAUCCUCCGCCUAUUAUGGUCAAGUCAAAAACGGACAACAAACUACGGGACAAAGUGGCUGCCAUCUUCGGAGCUGCUUCUUCGGAAAAUAAAAUUAAAGAAGACAUACGCAAACAACGUGAGGAAGAAAUGCAAUUGCUGGCCAAUCGUUUUAAUAAACAGAAGCAGUUUGCCCAAAAUCAACAAAAACAUCAGCAUGCCACCGAUAAGGAUCAGAAGUCACACGAAGUGCCACAACAAUCGCAGUUUACCACAGUAGCUCAAAGAACUUCCAGAAGUUCAGCAUCGCCGCAAAGACCUCAAACGCACCCACCACCACCUCCGCCAUUGCCACCAGCUGGAGCAGUUCAUAGUCAAACCACUAAGAGAAGAUCACCUGGGGAUACUAUUGAUGAGGAUGUCACCAAGAGGGCACGUACCAAACGCUUGUAUCCCGCCCUCUCCGAUUUGGAAUCAAACGAAUCAUGCUCCGAUAAUGAGAUGAGUUAUUGUAAUGCUGCCACUGUUUCGGUGCUCAGCACUGCUGAUGAAAUGAAGGCUUCGCUACAGCCCUUGCGAGGAGGUCAUGCUGUAGCUAACCUUGAACAGGACGAUGAAAAUGAAGACAGCUAUAUGGAAACUGAAACCGAAGACAGCAGUGUUGGUAUAUGCAAUGGUAGUUUAGGACGUGAAAUAAUGCAAGUUGUGCAAAAGAAUGACAAACAACAAUUGACAAAUAUCAAGGAAGUAAGAUAUGCUGAGAAGAAUCAAUAUUUUGAGGAUACAAAUAGAGAUUCUUCGCUUAAUUCAUCCGAGGCCUCGGGCAUGGAUGGUAUGGAUGAUUAUUUGGAUGAAGCCUUAGAGGAUAAUGAAGAAGACGAUGGCGAUGAUGAUAAUACCCCCGAUGAGGAUGAUGAUGAUGAUAACGAUGCAGACGAUAGCCGCUUAUCAAGAGGAAGCAAAGGCACUACUGCUUCCAAUAGCUUCAGUUUUCGCAAAGCCAAUACCCCAAAUCGGCAAAGCCAUUGUCAAACCAUACAGGAAGAGAUUACUGAAGAAACCACCACUACAACCACCACCACUACGAAAAAAGAAACAUCUUCAUCUGGUACAUCGUACAUGCAUCCGGUGAAAUCUGAACUGAGCAUAAACAAAGAGAACGAAAAUGUAGUUACUCUGGUACAUACCGUCAGUUUUUAUAGGCGCCAGCAAAAUGCAAACAGCGCCAACUCUACACCCAUACGGAAAAUAUGCCGCGAACAGCAAGUAUUGCGUUCGGCCAUGGAAAAAUUGGAAAAUCAGGGGGUGGGAGAACAAGUUCACUUUAUUCAAGAGCCCGCAGAAAGUGACGAAGAAUCACAGUCGGACUCGGAGCAAGACGAUGCACAUUUGGUGCAGGAAAAAAUUAAGAAACUUUUGGAAGAAGUCUGUAAACAGCAGCAAGUUAUUGCCCAAACAAGCCAAGCCUUGAAUUUGUGUGCGGCAACCAUUGAAUUUUCUGGAUCCACUGAGUCGGUGGAGGGCGAAAGACACUUGCUGGUAGCAACACAUCGUCGCCAGGCUUGUCUCGAUGAAGUUCAACGUUUGCGCGUAGAAAAGUCUUUGCGCCCUUUGGGUGCACCACGCGAAAAAGGCCGUUUAACCGUUAAGGAAAUCACUAUACCCUUGAGACAGGAUUACAUACGCAAAUUGGCCGCCGAUACCAUAUCUGGCCACCAUCUUGUGUGCCUGCUCAAAUACAAUGAACAUGUUUUGGCCACUAAGACUGUGCCCACCUUGCCUGGUCUCUUGGCUGUCAAAUUUCCCGAUGUCAUGCAAUUAAAUAAUGUUUAUGCCGAUUUUAAGGUAACCCUAGAGAUUUAUGGUAUGACAGCUCAAAGAGAGGUUCUACCCCAUGAGGUCAAGUAUCACAUCAAUUUAAAUAAGAAAUCUGGAGUGAAAACACCCAAAAAGAAAGGCUCUGACAAUCGUUUAGUCAUGCCACCAGUGCAAAGUCCGGCAGGACCACAUGCUGUACGCACACCAGCCCUAGUGCAAUAUGGUUUUGCUAUAUUCUCCCUGAGAGAAAUUCAGAGAACCACAUGGACCCUCACCCAGGUCUUGGGAGUAAGUCCAUUGGAGGGUGUGGUUCAUAUGAAAGUCAAUUGUGAGCUUUCAGUUUCCGUGGAAUACAAAGGUUUCCUUACCAUGUUUGAGGACAUUUCCGGCUUCGGAGCAUGGCAUCGUAGAUGGUGUCACUUGAACGGCACCAUGCUGAAUUAUUGGAAAUAUCCAGAUGAUGAAAAGAAAAAGGCUCCCAUGGGUUCUAUUGAUUUGUACACCUGCUCUUCGCAAAAGAUCACCCUAGCUCCGCGAGAUAUUUGCGCUCGCCUCAAUACAAUGCUACUCGAAUGCCAGCGACCAGCUAGAGAAACGGAUCAGGAAUCCUUGGUUAUAGUGCCAAAUGGUCGCACGACAACUGUGCGAUACCUUUUGUCAGCCGACACAAAGGAGGAGCGUGAGGAGUGGUGUGCUUAUUUCAAUAAGGCCUUGACUUUACUAAGGGCCUGGGGACCACCGCAAUAAAAUGGAGACACAAAUUAGCCAACGAUAAGCGAUUAGUUUACUACAUACACAUGUUAAUAAUUUCAAAGUCCUUAGGGGUAAUCGUUUCAGCAUUUGGUUUAGUAUUAUUUUUAUUUUAUAAAAAUUGGCUAAAGAGAACACACUUUUCAAGUGUAUUUCGCCACAUGGUAUUUUAAAUAUCAUAAUCUUUUUUGUCUUGAACUAUUACUUUCGAAUACGUAGUAGUUUUUUAUAAUUUUUUUUGUUUGUUUUUCUAUUUUUUUAGUUUUAUUUUGACAAAAUGUAAAAGACAUGGGGUCCACACAAAAUUUCUCAAUUGUUUGUUGUAUGCCCCUAUCGUUUCAAAAGCCCAGUUUAUAUUUUGAUAAAGAUUCUCUUUCGAUAAAAUCCUAAUAAUCGUAAUCGAUUAGAUAUUGUUUAAUAUUUGUAUACAUUACGUUGUAAGUUUUUUUCAUAUUAUCCCCCCGUAUAAUAUUUUAACAUAAA